AUGCCCAGCGUCCUGAUCUACCUCAUCACUGUAUUCGCCCUCUAUGUGAUCUCCUGUGAAGCUUUUGCUAGGACCCGACUGCCCAGGGAGCUCCAGCUCUUAGAAGAAAGGCUGGAGCGACUUGAGCGGGAGGAAGAGCUCGUGCUGGAUGAACUACAGCAUCGAGUUCAAGCAGCAGAGAUGCUGCCCGAGGAACGCGACUUUUAUGACGUCAUAAGCCGAGCAAGAAGAACUCCAGAAGCGAAAACCAGGGUGUGCGGGAUCAAGAUCAAGGAGGCGCUGAACAAGGCCUGUCCACAGGGUUGUUCGGCCCUCCGAUCUCCCUUCAAGAGGAAGCGAGACAGCAACGGUUUGCUUUUUCCUUUGAAAGAAUGAAUCUAGCUAUUCCUUUUGCAGGAGAUUCAGUCGGCGUUGCGACGAAAUGCUGCGUCAGCAAGUGUUCCAUGGCCGACAUGAAAGAAAUGUGCUGUCCGAGCAAAUGA